AUGCCCGACUUUUCGGAGGCGAGCCCCACGCCACGGAUGCCAGCCGAGGAGGCGGAGAAGGAGGCGGGGCGCGCCAAGGAGAGCAAGAAGGGGAAGAAGAAGAAGAAGAAGGGGAAGGGUGGCGGGGGUGGCGCUGGGCCGUCGCAGGGGCUGUCCGAGGAUGAGGCAGCGCUGGCGGCGGCGGAGGAGGCAGAGGCGGCGGCGCUCGAGGAGAGCGCGAGGCUGGAUGUCGGGGCGACGCGUGCGGCGGGGGGACAGGCGCGAGUCGCCGAGCGGCAGGGCGAUUCGUCACCGGCGGAGGAGGCGCCGCCUGAGGGAGAGGAGGAGCCGCCGGACGAUUUCAUCUGCCCAAUCACGACCGAGGUGAUGAGCGACCCGGUGAUGGCGGCCGAUGGGCAGUCGUACGAGCGGACGGCGAUCGAGCGCUGGCUCGCGACCAAGUCAACGAGCCCUCUGACGGGCGGCGCGCUCGAGCACCCAUACCUCACCCCCAACCACAUGCUGCGCCGGAUGAUCCGGGACUGGGAGGGGGCGCGGAAGGCAGCGCUGAUAAGGCCUGGCUACGCGACCAUCGAGGUCGACCUGAAGCACGAGAAGGCCGCGGGCGACCGCGAGUCGCUGCGCGAGAACAUCCAGUACGUGAUGGCCGGGCUGCGGUCUGCAGCUGCGCAGGCGCGCAGCCAGGCCGGGUCCAAAAUAGGGGUCGAAUACUCGCUGCCCCCGGAGAGGGACGACGGGUAUCGACGCGGCCCCAGCAAGGUGUACGCCACAGUUCCCCAGGGGACCGUGGCGACGACCGUCGCCUCGGACUGGCUCGCGAACGAGCUGGCCGAGCACGGAGAGAUCGAUGCGGCAUACCGCGACCGCAUACGUAGCCGCAUCAAUUUUGCCGCCCCGUUUACGCAGCGGUCGCUCACCAGCGUGUGGCGCACGUGCCCGCUGCUGCACGAGGCGCUGCCGGGGGCCAAGCAAGUGCUGCAGUGGCAGCGGAUUGACAAUGUCAUCGCCUCUUUCGACGAGGCGACGCGCGUGUACAUGAUCUGUCCGUUUGCCCGCGCGAUGCACAAGUCGGGCGCGGAGUGGAAGCUGUGGAAGAACGGCGGCAACCAGCGCGAGACCCACGGCAUCGGCCGGCUGCUGCGGCGGAUGACGAAGGAGAUGGCGGAGGACCCGCUGAUUGCGCUCGACGUUGCGCGGCUGCAGGACGUCGCCGCCUCCCGCGACUCUGACGAUGAGCUCGACCAGCAACCAUGGCUUCUCAGCAUCGACUCGCGGAUGGACACAUCGCAGUUCGCCCAGACCGAGGUCUGUUUGCGCCUGGUCGCCUGCAUAGGGUCGAUCUCGGCGGUUGGGUUAGUGUUGGCAUCCCGAGUGAGGUAA